CAGAAACCCAACCCCGGCCCAGCUCGCCGCAGGCCUCGGCAUCCCGGGGAGGGUGUGGCCGUCGGGCCACCUGCUGGCGCGCGGGCUCGCGGAGGGCUGGCCCGGGCUGCCCGCCGUGCGCGGCCGCCGCGUGGCGGAGCUGGGCGCGGGCCCCGGCGUGCCCUCGCUCGUCUGCGGCCUGCUGGGGGCGGCGCAGGUGAUAGCCACGGACACCGAGGACGUCGUCGAGCUGCUCUCACGGAACGUCGCCCUGAACGGCCUCGGCUCCGUCUGCAGCGCGGUGUGCCUGGACUGGUGGCAGUGCGGCGGCGUGGAGCCCUGGGCGGACCCAGGCGAACUGCCAGGCCUGUCAAGAGGUGGGCUGACGCGUAACCCGUGAAGCUCUCUGGCGAUUGUAUUUUCCACGUUUCACCAUCCACGGCCUGCCCAGGCAGUUUCUUGACUGCCAGCAGGGGACCGCUCCCGGCAGGGAGUGGACGUCAGGCCGCUCUGCUCUGCUCUGCUCCUCGCAUCUCCUCGCCCUGUUGCCUGGCCUCGCUCGGACGUGUGCA